ACCUCGUCACCGAAAUUCAGUAUACCUGGAAAUACAUAGAAGCAAACCCCGUCGAUGUUGCCAGUUUCAACUUUAGAUGCGCAGUCCAUCGCCAAUCAUAUGAGUCGCCGUCAUGACCUCCAGAUGCAGGGGUACACAAGCAACACUUAAGAAGCCCUUUGAUGUGGCGCACGUCCCCCCAAGUCCCUGCAGUUCGCCGUGUCAUAUGCUUACUACCGAACGUUUGAUUCUCCGCUCUUAUGUCGAGAGCGACCUCGAUGAUAUUCAUCGCCUCUGGAGCGAUCCACUCGUUCAGCCCUUUAUCAUGAGCGAACCUGUCACUCUUCUUGGUCCAAAGUUCAAGGAGAAAAUAAGACUUGUGAUGGACCAGGCGAACUUUGGUGCCGUAAUCGCGCUCAAGGAAACUGGGGAAUUCAUGGGUCAGGGAGUGAUCACUGUCUCCGAACCAAAGAAUCGCGAUGGCACAUUCGGGAUCUGUUUACUUCCAAAAUUUUGGAGUAAUGGAUAUGGAACCGAGGCGACAAAGUUCAUGAUCGAUUUUUCGUUCAAGUGGUUCGGUCUGAACAGAAUGUCCCUUGGGGUCUUUGCAAAUAAUCCACGAGCAAUUGCUGUCUAUGAGAAAGUUGGGUUUGUUAAAGAGGGCAGGAAGCGCCAGGCAGUGUGGAUGGAUAAUCACUGGGAAGAUUUUUUGACGUUGGGCAUCUUGCGAGACGAAUGGGAAGGGCAACGCUGAGAGCAAAGGAUGGCAGUGUUUGCAGACCAGGGAGCCAAGCUAAGUCAUUCAGCUUGCAGGAACAUCCGCUCCAUAAAUCCGUGGCUCAGAAAUCGAAGUGUGUGGGCAGUGUACACAAGAUUCAUAU